AUGCAGGCGAACCGGCUGGCCAGCGCCGCAGCCGCGGGAGAUCUGGCGGGGGUGCGCAGGCUGCUGCAGGAGGGCGCCGAUCCCAACGGUCUGAACUCAUGUGGCAGGACCCCCAUCCAGGUCAUGAUGAUGGGAAGUCCCAAAGUGGCGGAGAUCCUGCUGGAGGGAGGAGCCGAUCCCAACCGUCCGGAUCCCACCACCGGCGCGCUCCCGGCUCAUGACGCGGCCCGCCAGGGCUUCCUGGACACGCUGCUGGUGCUGAGCGCCGGCGGGGCUCGCCUGGAUGCGUCGGAUGCCUCCGGGAGACUGCCCAUCGACCUGGCCCAAGAGGCCGGGCACCGUCACGUGGUCCGUUUCCUUCAAAGCCGGCCAAGGGGCCACCCCUGAAACGGCCCUGCUGGCCCGGCUCUUAGCCCGAAGAGAAGGGGGCACCCGCCUGGCCCCUGAGAGUCGCUGACCAUUUCUAAAAGUGAUCGCUACUCCAAAUAAAAUGACAUUUGUUGUACUCUG